AAUCGCCGACGUCAUCCGGGGGCGGGCACCCCUGCCCUGCCGGUGACUCCGGCCCCUGGCUAGAGGGUAGGCGGCGAGGAGCAGCGCGAGCAGGCUAAGGGGCGCGUGCGCAGGUGAGGCCAGGGGAAGGUGGUCGCAGGUGAGGUGCCGAGGUGGUCGCAGGACUUUAGCCGGUUGAGAAGGAUCAAGCAGGCAUUUGGGGCACAGGUGUCUAGAAACUUUUAAGGGGCCAGUUCAAGAAGGAAAACUUCCCUUCUGCUGUGAAACUAUUUGGCAAGAGGCUGGAGGGCCCAAUGGCUGCAAAAUCACAACCCAACAUUCCCAAAGCCAAGAGUCUAGACAGCGUCACCAAUGACAGAACUGCAUCUCAAGGGCAGUGGGGCCGUGCCUGGGAGGUGGACUGGUUUUCACUGGGGAGCAUCAUCUUCCUACUGCUGUGCGCACCCUUCAUCGUCUACUACUUCAUCAUGGCGUGUGACCAGUACAGCUGCGCCCUGACCGGCCCCGUGGUGGACAUCGCUACCGGGCGUGCUCGGCUGUCAGACAUCUGGGCCAAGACUCCACCUAUAACGAGGAAAGCCGCCCAGCUCUAUACCUUGUGGGUCACCUUCCAGGUGCUUCUGUACACGUCUCUCCCUGACUUCUGCCAUAAGUUUCUACCCGGCUACGUAGGAGGCAUCCAGGAGGGGGCUGUGACCCCUGCAGGGGUUGUGAACAAGUAUCAGAUCAACGGCCUGCAAGCCUGGCUCCUCACGCACCUGCUCUGGUUUGCAAACGCUCAUCUCCUGUCCUGGUUCUCGCCCACCAUCAUCUUCGACAACUGGAUCCCAUUGCUGUGGUGUGCCAACAUCCUUGGCUAUGCCGUCUCCACCUUCGCCAUGGUCAAGGGCUACUUCUUCCCCACCAGCGCCAGAGACUGCAAAUUCACAGGCAACUUCUUUUACAACUACAUGAUGGGCGUCGAGUUUAACCCUCGGAUCGGGAAGUGGUUUGACUUCAAGCUGUUCUUCAAUGGGCGCCCUGGGAUCGUCGCCUGGACGCUCAUCAACCUGUCCUUCGCAGCAAAGCAGCGGGAGCUCCACGGCCACGUGACCAACGCCAUGGUCCUGGUCAACGUCCUGCAGGCCAUCUACGUGAUUGACUUCUUCUGGAACGAAACCUGGUACCUAAAGACCAUUGACAUCUGCCAUGACCACUUCGGGUGGUACCUGGGCUGGGGUGACUGUGUCUGGCUGCCUUACCUUUACACGCUGCAGGGUCUGUACUUGGUGUACCACCCCGUACAGCUGUCCACCCCGCAUGCCAUGGGCGUCCUGCUGCUGGGCCUGGUGGGUUACUACAUCUUCCGGGUGGCCAACCACCAGAAGGACCUCUUCCGCCGCACGGAUGGGCGCUGCCUCAUCUGGGGCAAGAAGCCAAAGGUCAUCGAGUGCUCCUACAUGUCUGCAGAUGGGCAGAGGCACCACAGCAAGCUGCUGGUGUCAGGCUUCUGGGGCGUGGCCCGCCACUUCAACUAUGUCGGCGACCUGAUGGGCAGCCUGGCCUACUGCCUGGCCUGCGGCGGCGGCCACCUGCUGCCCUACUUCUACAUCAUCUACAUGGCCAUCCUGCUGACCCAUCGCUGCCUCCGGGAUGAGCACCGCUGCGCCAACAAGUACGGCCGGGACUGGGAGCGUUACACCGCGGCCGUGCCUUACCGCCUGCUGCCUGGAAUCUUCUAAGGGAGCGCCCUAGGGAGAAGCCCUGCGGGGCUGUCAAAAGCAUGUUCUGCCAGGUCCAUGGGGGCUGGCAUCCCAGCUCCAACUGUAGGAGCCUCAGUUUCUUCAUCUGUAAACUGGAGAGAGCCCGGCACUUGGCAGGUGUGCAGUGCAUAACGCUCUGUUCCUUGCUUUUGCCUUCAAGGGAAUUCCGAGUGUCCACCACUGCCAUAUUGCCAGCACAGACGGAUUUUCCCUCAUCAGUGUCUCUAGGGCAGGAGGAUUACCCGGUCACCUUUAGUAGUCCUUUGGAGACAAUUUACCUGUAUUAGGAGCCCAGGCCGCACUACACUCUGCCCACGCUGGUGUCUGCUGCUGAGCAGGUCUUCCCAUGCCCUGUCAUUAGGCUGCAUUUAUUCUUGCUAAAUAACAGUGGGAGUGGGGUGUGUGGGUUAUCCAUGUAUUGUCUUUCAGCUGCAGAUCCCCCCUCCCCUGCCUGCUCUGCAGUCGUGGGCGGGGCCCGUGCACCGUUUCUCCUUGGUAGCGUGCAUGGUGUUGAACUGGGGCGCUGGGGAGAAAGGGGCUUUCAUGUCAUUUCCUUCUUGCUCCUGCUGCACAGCUACCAGGGGUGCUCGGCAGACAUCCAGGGGCGCUCUGCCUGGAGUCUGCAGACCUCAGAGAGGUCCCAGCACCGACUGUGGCCUUUCAGGUGUAAGGCGAGUGGGCUCUGCUCCCCGAUUCCCUGUGAGCGCCCACCUUCUCGAAAGAAUUUUCUGCUUGCCCGGUGACUGUGCACGGACUCUGGCUUGAGCAACCCAGGGAACUUCACCUUCGGGGGCCUCCCACACCUUCUUCAGCGAGGAGGUCUCAGUCCCGGCCUCGGCAGGGCACCUCCUUUUCUGUGCUUUGUUACCUGGGGCAUUCUCCCUCAUCCCUAGGGUGUUGUGUGAAGCUCUUUUUAAACUUUGUGCUCUGAGUAGAGUUCAUCUUUAUAUUAAACUUUCCCUGUUCGAAUAAA